AUGUUUGGUCCAUGCAGUGAGAUGGACGGAGCUCCUAGAGGUCGUGGCGCGAGAGGGCGCGGUGCUAGAGGUCGUGGCGGCAGAGUUGGCCGUGGCGGCAGAGCUGGUGGUAGAGCUGGAGGCCGAGCAGGCCGAGGUCGUGGUCGUGGACUUCCGGAGGAGUCGGGAGAGAGUGCGGCACCGAGUGUGCAUACUGCGUCGGUGACCCAGUCAGUUCCGUUGGCGGGUGAUGCCGAGUGUUGGUUUGGGAGCGGGGGCUGCUCCGGGUGGGGGUGGCGCUCCGGCUCCGGGUCGUGA